GAAGGAGAAGGGAAGAUUCCGAGCGCGGUGGGGCAUCUUCCUUCCAUUCAUUUUUUUUCUUUCCUUUUUAGCAUGCAUGCGGUUAUUUGCAGGAUAUGCUGCAUUGCAUAAUGUGUCUGGUUAUCUGGUAAUUCAAGUGGGUAAUGCAUCUCUCUUCCGCUGCUGGGUUCGGGGUUCGGGUCUGGGGUACAUAAUGAUUGACAUGGCACUCAAUGGAUAUAUGGUGGUGCGGUGGUCGCUGUCAUGUGGGGGUGUGUGUAGGUGGGUAAGGAUGGAGGGAAGUUUAUCUGUAUCUGUUCUAUAGUUUACGGAGUAGAUGCUCGACUUACUUGCCUAGUUGGGAUUUACUAUUGUUUGUGUUGUGUUG